ACUCUCUUAUACUCUCUUUUCUCGCAAGAAUCGUAAAAGGAAUAUUGGUACAACGCGCAAGAAGGAAAAAUCCAAGGGUUUUCGUCGUCGCCUAGUGAAAUUUCAUAGAUAGAGUCCCGAGAACCCAUUAAGGUGUGGAUUUCGGAAGGUUCGCUGAUUUGUUCGCUAGAUCCUGCCAAGUUGGUUUUUAGUCUUUUUCGAAUAUCGGUUCCCCCAUGGCUAAUAACUCUCAACUUCCAUCCCUCUUUUCCAUCGAAGAUGAAUGUGAAGAAUCAGGCCCCGAUGAACAGGUAUCUGAUCUCCCAUCACCGACUGCUCACGAUCAUUGGUGCACCAACCCCUCGAACCCCUUUGCAACUGUGUCCUUCGACCAUUUGAGCUACAAUUCAAACUGGUACUCUGAUUCGGACUCCGAUUCGGUUAGUUGCUUUGUUACAGAUCUUUUUGAAAAUCGCUUGGCGGAGGACUCUCACCGUCGUUGCAACGAUAAUUCUGAUAUUAAUCCGUUUUCGGCCGUUCCUUGCGAUGGUCACGGUGGAGAAGGGUCAGAUUUUACGGAGACGGAAUUAGGGUCUGGAUUUGGAACGGGAAAGAAUGCUGGGAUUUCUGCAGUACGUGAGGCAUCUGGCUCUGAAAGGGUUCGCUCGCAAAUGGAUGGCCUUCGAAUUGUCGGGUUUAGUUCUGAUUCGGAUUCAAAUACUGAUGAAGAGCUUGAUAGGGCUAUAGAACUGAGUUAUGGUGAAAAUGAUGGCAACAGAGCUAGUGGCUUUGACGAUUUUGAUGUUCAUUUUUGUUGGGACAGCAUUUGCUUGGAGGAUCAGAGGACCCUCAAUGAACAUCUUGAAUGGGAGGAUUUAGAGGAAAGAGUCAAUGAUGGAGAAGACUUGAGCGUGGUGAUUGGUGAGGUUGAUGAUCAAUCAGUAGCAUCUGGAUUUUCCUAUGGAGAAGAGUCCGGUGAAGAGGCAUUGAGAUACCUUGAAUGGGAAAUUCUGUUAGCAGUCAACAAUGUGGAGAGGAAUUCGAGCUUGGAGCAUGGCGCCACUGGAGGUCCCUUCGUAACGGUUCAGGAUGAUGGUUAUAUGAACACAGCUGAAUAUGAUAUAUUUUUUGGGCAAUUUCUGGAAAAUGAGAGUUCCUUAAAGGGUGGUCCUCCUACCGCUAAAAGUGUUAUGGAGAAUCUUCCUUUAGUAGAAUUGACAAAGGAAGACUUGGAUGGGGAGAAUGUAGCUUGUGCUGUUUGCAAAGAUGAAAUCCUACGAAAGGAAAAAGUGAGAAGGCUUCCUUGCUCACACUUUUACCAUGGAGACUGUAUUAUGCCAUGGUUGAGCAUUCGUAAUACGUGCCCUGUUUGUCGGUUUGAACUGCCCACAGAUGAUCCCGAUUAUGAGCAGAGGAAGGGUCAGAGAACUGCUCUUGAUCUGUUGGAGUUUUCAGUGUAGAUGCUGAUUUGAAUCUUUGCUUCAGGUUAUAUCUCGGUUAACAUAAAUAGCAGUUUGUCCAGUUCCAUCUCCAACUGAUGAUGAGAGCACGACUUUUGUAAUUAGCUUUCAUGUUUUUAAUUCACUCUGUUUAGUAUCACUCAUUGUCAUGUAUGGUCUGAAUUCUCAUCAAAAUAAGUAGUAUUUCGUGUGGAUAUUACUAAUACUAUGGCGAGAAGAAUUACUUUGUCUAAAGAUAUUUCACACCACAACUGGAACCAUCCUGAUUGUAUAAUAUUCCCAUUCAUAAUCUUAUCAGCUACAACUAUUGAAUUGA